CAGGUAGGUAAACGGAUCACUGGCAUUCCAUGCAUAAAUGUGUUUAGAACUUUAUCUUUAUUUCCGGUCUGGACUAUCGAGGAAAAUAAAGUGAUUGAACUUAACCCUGGGCCUGACAUUAUCACGACUGUGUAUAGGAUAAUUAUUGUUUUUAGAAGAAUAACUGAUAAUUGUUGCUGUUCAAAGAAGAUGUGAAAAAUCCCACAAUUUUGUCGGACCAUGAUGUUGCAAUCAGAGGUCAUCAUGCUGCUCCUGUGGUCAGUCUGGCUGGUCCCCUUAGCCUCAGGUUCAACUAUCUAUAACCCUCGAACUGCCACACCGCCUAGUAUGUUCUUAGCGUGUGAAAAUAGUGUUAUGAAACUGGACUGUGAACAGAAAAACGGAAUCAUUCGCAUCAUUCGGGCAAACUAUGGAAGAUUUAGCUUGGGGACAUGUAAUGACUUCGGUGCAACUAUGGAAUGGAAUGUGUCAUGUCUUCUCCCUGAAUCCAAAAGAAUUGUAGCGGAGAGGUGCGAUGGUCAUCCCAAAUGUGAGAUUAUGGCAUCAAAUGAUGUGUUUGGAGAUCCUUGUGUUAACACCUUUAAAUAUCUACAGGUGUACUAUACUUGUGAGCCCAUAGUGUCUACACUACCACCUCUGACCACCACCGAAAUACCAACCACUACCACCAAAGUGACGACCACCACCACCAAAGCUACCACCAACGACCCCCCACAAAGACGAGUCUGUGAUGCCAUUUACUUUGAGGGCAGGAACUGGCCUUAUACCAGUGUGGGAGAGGUAGCAUCCCUGAGUUGUAAACCCCCAAAGGUGGGUCGUAUCACCUGGAAAUGUACAGGGAAUGGCUGGAAGGGGGAGAGGCCGGACGACUCAAAUUGUCAAAUUCCUGUCACAGAUUCCCCUGUUAGACCCACCCCUUCACAGUUCUGUCAGUCGACAGAGAGUCUGGGAGUGAUGUGGCCUCGCAUUAAAGUAGGUCAGGUGGUGGACAGACCCUGUCCGGAGGAUAAGCUCGGAAUGAUGAGCUGGAAGUGUACGGGGGCGGGAUGGAGGGGGAGAUUCCCCGACACCAGUAACUGUGUCUCCCCCUGGCUCAACAGUUUAGACCAGCUCGUCAAUUCUAGCUCCAGUAACAUUGAGGAUGUGGCUAACAAGUUGAAAGAACAGACAGGGGCCGAAAACUUAGGAGCUGGUGACCUAAAAAAAGUGUCUGACAUCAUCACCAAGAUGGGGCGGGGAUUUAAAAUCCCAGGGAGUGUGGACAAGAAGGAAAAACGUGAAAAGCUGGAAAAGUUUUCUAAGAGCAUUGUGGAAACAGGAAGUAAUAUUUUGUCAGAGAAGCAGUCUUCGUCAUGGGAUGAGCUUCCAGAAAACAAUAAAACGCAAGUUGCUGCUUCCUUCCUAGUAUCCAUGGAAACCACGGGAUUCAACAUCGCCGACAAUCUUGAAGAAGAAGACUCCAUUGUGUCCUCAAAUGAAAAUCUAUUCAUGGAAGUGUCAGCAGUCAAGGUCAUGAGGGACAAGCCCUCUGUGACCUAUCCCUCCUCCGAGAACCAGAAAUGGAAGGACGACCAGAUCACCAUCCCCAUGGAGGACAUAGAGGCCUUGUCUGAGGGGGGGAUCACCAAAGUGGUAGUAUUUGUCUACCAAAACAUGGACGAUUUGAUGACGACCAGGCGCAACACCUCCUUCAUUAAUAGUAACAUCUUGUCUGCCUCCAUCAUGUCUGCUAACUCUGUCUCACUCAGGAAACCUGUGACCUUCACCUUGCGGCUCUUCCAGGCUUUCAAUAACUCGGUAAUACCUACCUGUGCUUACUGGGAUUUCAGGGAGAGUGGCUGGUCAAGAGCGGGAUGCUGGAGACUGAGUUUUAACCAAUCACACGCUACCUGUCAGUGCUCCCACCUCACCAACUUUGCCGUGUUGAUGGAUGUCGCCGGAACUGGAACACAGCUGUCGGAUGAGCACCAGUUUGCCUUGAUGACCAUCACAUUCUUUGGCUGCAUCAUCUCCAUCAUCUGUCUCCUGAUGAGCUUCAUCACCUUCUCUUACUUCAGGAACCUCCAGUGUGACCGAAACACGAUACACAAAAACCUGGUGCUGUCCCUGAUGUUGGCUGAGAUCGUUUUCAUCAUUGGAAUCUCUUUGGUCCAGGACAGGAUUUUGUGCGGAGUGGUUGCGGGACUCCUUCACUUCCUGUUUCUGGCGGCCUUCGCCUGGAUGUGUCUGGAGGGCUUCCAGUUGUACGUGAUGUUGAUUGAGGUGUUCGAGGGUGAGAGGAGCCGCAGGAAGUGGUACUACCUGUUUGGUUAUGGCAUUCCCUUGGUUACUGUUGCCGUGACAGCAGGAGUGAAGCCAUCAGGAUACGGAACAGACAAGCAUUGUUGGCUGGACACCAGUUCCUCUGUGAUUUGGAGCUUUGUGGGGCCGACCCUAGCCGUCAUCCUGUUCAACAUUGUCAUGCUGAGUAUUGCGGUGUAUAUGAUGCACAAACAUGCCAACACGCUCGCUCUAGCCAAGGGGAGGUCCAAAUACAGCAGUGGAAUUCUGCGGGACUCAAACUCUGGAACCAGUCAGAGCACUGCAAUGUCGGAUGAGAAAGCUCGCACCACUCGACAAAUCCCGUCUUGGGUGAAGGGGGCGGCCAUCUUGGUGGUUCUUCUGGGCCUAACCUGGGUGUUCGGAGUUCUGUUCAUCAGCCAGGAGACAGUCGUCAUGGCGUACUUGUUUACAGCCCUCAACAGCUUCCAGGGACUCUUCAUCUUUGUUUUCCACUGCCUUAUGAAUGAGAAGGUUAAGAAGGAGUACAAGAAGUUUGCCUACAAAUCAACAUGGCUGCCGGAAUGUGUGCGGGCUUACUGCAUUGGGUACUCUAGUCCCUCCAAUUCCCACACCCCCAACCAUUCCUCAUCUUCUUCUGGAGGAUACCUCCUCAAACUCUGGAGUGGAAGGAGACGACGAAAGUCCUCCUCAUCAACUAUUGAUAAAUCCUCCAAAGGUAAAAAGAGAAUCAGCGAGCCUCGCAGCGAUUCCUCCAUGUUCACCAGCCACGACUUGAAUACACCUAUCAUCAGACAGCCCAGCAGUAAUAGCCGUAAAGUACCAAAGGAAACCAAUGGAUACCUGGAACCUAACCAGCACGAAUACGAGGCCAUAUUGGGUGACCUGUCAGAGGUCAAUUGCUCAGUGAUUGACAGCGAGUAUGUGUCCGAGUACUGCCACAAAGAGCUCCAGGUUUCCAGGGAGACCAAUGGCUACUCCUCCGAGUCGGACAAUGACGAGGGCCACGAUCAGUUCGAGAAGAACCGCCUGUCCAUUUUGUCGGAGGAUUCUGCAGUGAAGAAUGAGUCUGAAUUCGGAGUCUCCCAACAAAACAUCACAGAAACUGAAUUUUUAUUAGAAAAAACUGUGUCAGAAAAAAACUUGCUCAACAGAACACAAGAUGAGACAAGUCGCAUCAAUUGUGAUAGUUUGGGCAAAAAACUGUACCCUGGGUCUUUUUCAGAGAUUCAUGGUUAUCUCUCGGAUGGGGAGGAGUUGAACCACAGUAUGCCCCUAAUCCCUGCCCCUGGCCCCCCAGAGGGACAGCCCUCCCCCACAAAGGGGAGUCAGACCAGCUUGCCAUGCCUACACAUUGUGGAAGAAACCCUCCCCAGGGAAAAGAACAAUAACUCUAGCGACUGUUAGCACAUUAUGUCCAGACCAAUUUGUAUGCUGGUGCUUGACUCAUGCUAUCAUGCUUUUUAGCUGUUAUGUGUAUACUUUUUCACAUAAUUUUUUUUUCAGAGAUGGCAUCACAUGAUUCACCAGUCUUUUCUAUAAUAUUGUUGCUUUGUAGGAGAAUGCUUAUUGGCAGCUUCUAGCUGUGUGUGUGCCAUAUUUCUGAUGAAUGGGCCGGUGUUAAAUGGGGCCUUUCAGAGGGGUAUGAUAAACGAGCCUUACAUUAUUAAUGGGGCCUAACUGAGGGUCAUAGGGAACCAGAAAAUGCACACAGUAAUUUGAAACAUCUUGCAUCAUGUUCAUGUAAUUUUUCAAAGAUGUUGUCUAUUUUGUUUUUUUAUUGUUUUCUUAUGUUUGAUAUAAAUUAAAUGUAAUGUUGUUAAAAAAAACAGAAAUUUUGAGAGCUUCCUUAUGAACUUUUACCAAAGAUCACCAAGUGUUGACCAAAGAUCACCAAGUGUUGACCAAAGAUCACCAAGUGUUGACAAAGAUCACCAAGUGUUACCAAAGAUCACCAAGUGUUGACAAAGAUCACCAAGUGUUACCAAAGAUCACCAAGUGUUGACAAAGGAUCGUUUUGUUGGACGGACACCAAAGAAGGGGAAGAGUGUGGGACCACGGUUCUCUCUGGAGGAGUAAGAUUGAACAUUCCCCAUUAUCCCAUCAUCAGAGUUAGCAGUAUUUCUACUUCAAUGGUUGUGAUGACUUUUUUAUUUUCUAUAUUGUAUGUUAUUUUGUAUAGAUUGUUUACCAUAGUUCAUGAUUAUCGAAUGCACUGGGAUUCUGUGCAUCAUUUACCCUGUGUUAUAAGAUGGAGUUCUAGACAAGGCAGUUCUCCUAGCUGUCCCUAUUAUAUUUGAUUUUGUAUCUGUCAUGAUUAGUUUUGUCUUUUAAAGAAGAAUGUAAUGCUACAAUAUGGAAUAAUUAUCAUUCUGACCUGCAUUGGUGAUAUUUUAGGCCAUAUUUUCAUCCGUCACAACAGGAUUUUAAUAUUCUGCAUUAGCAUUUGUUUUCCAGCCAUUGUUUGCUGGACUUCGUUUGUAUAGACCGGUAGCUGUAUUUGUAUAAGUACGUGUUCUUGUAUUGAAUUUUGAGGAAUUGUGUUGUUGUUAUUUUAACUAGACAUGUUUUACAUUUAAAUAAUCUAAAUUUUCUCUCAGUAGCUCAAGUUUUUCAAAUAUGACUUUUAAAGGGAAUCAGUUUAUCUGAAAUGAUCUUUGAGUUGUUCAACUUUUUCAGAACAUGAUAGCUGUAGGUUGUUAACUGCCAGUUAUCAUCCUAAAUUCACUUUUGACAUUCCUAGAUUUUUCCAUGAAUCUCUAUUUUUAUUGCUCAGUUUUCACUAAAAUGUACAUUCCAGAAUAAUGAUACACACUUUGCCAAAUGAUGUGUUAAUCAAGUUUUGCCUUUAAGAGCAUGUUUAUAAAUCCUUCACAGAUUUUAUUGAUGUUUUUAAAAUUAGGGCUAAUUAUAUUGUGUUAAUAAAUGUCAUGAGGAAAGCUUGGCUUUCCUCAAAAGUGCCUUUAAUCAUGUUUUUGUUUGAAAUAAAGAGAAUUUCACUGUACUAAA